GUAUCGAAAGUGGUCGGUUAAAAAACUCCUCAAUUGAGCAUCAUGAGUGAAAUUGGGGGUUUUAACCAAAAUAAAUAAAACCCUAGAGAAGCAUCGAAAUCAAAUCAGUGAAAUCGUUAAAUUCAUCGUACCAGAUUAUCAGGGUUUGAUGAUCAUGGAGGAAAAUCUAGCAUUAUUACCAAAGUUAGCAGCGCCAUGGCUAGUGAUUCCUUAUGAAGAAGAAGGUAGUAUAGAAAACCAAGCUUUUUAUAACAUUUGUCAACCUAACAACAAAACAUGUAGAAAAUCCAUACCGGAACUGAGUGGUAAUAUCACAAUUUAUCAGAAACCAUCUCAUCAAGGAUGGUUAGUUGUUACUUGUGAUAAUGAAGAGGAUAGAUGGGAUGAUGGAGCUUUUUCUUUAUGGAACCCUAUCUCAUUAGAGACUAUUCAAUUACCUAAUCUUGCAGAAUUCCUCGAUGACAUAUUUGGUGAAAAUGAGGGGUAUAGUAUUCAAGAUUGUGUUUUAUCCUCGCCACCACUCAGUACUAAUCCUGUUAAUGAUAAUGAUUCAAUAGUUUAUUUUCUUGUUCCGGGAUCUGUUGAUUUGAUUGUGUAUUGUCGCGUUGGUGAUGCGAAAUGGAGCAAAUUUGAGAAGGAACUGUAGAUGACGGUGAUUUUGCUUCACUCUUUUGCUUUAAAGAUGAAUUGUAUGUCUUGUGUUGUGAUGAUCGUCAGAUCGUUGUUGAGACAAAACGACUAGGUUGUGGUGAUAUUAGUCUUGAGAUUAGACUGCUAGAGGUCGGUUGUGUCGAGUUUCCAUCCGUAGGAGGAUACUCCAGCGAAGGUAAACUAUUUUUUCUGCAGUCGGAUGAAGAGAUACUCAUGAUUGAAAUGGUGUGUUUGGACAAAAGAGGUUACAUUGAUUAUCUGGUUGUCUCAAUAAAUAUGUCGAGGUUGGAUUUCUCUAAGAUGUCUUGGGUGGAAGUGAAUAGUUUAGGUGAUAAAGUGUUGUUUCUUGGCGAAAAUACGAAUGCUUGCUGCUCAGCGGCCGAGUUGGAUCUUAGCAAGGGUUGCCUGUAUUACACAUUGCUGAAAGAUAAAAGUUUAUACAUGUUCGAUGUAGAGGACAAAUGCAUUACGACUAUCUUGCCUUGUUCCAAAUUGCCAACGCCAUGGUUUUCCUCGGAGUGGAUAAUGAUGCCUCUGACUGUUAGUGUCGCGGAUGGAGGAAGAAUUAUGGAAAGUAUGUCAAGCAAAGUCAGACAAGAGGAUUACACGAUAAAGUCUAAGGAAAUGGAAGAUAUAAUAAGUGAAGAUGACUGUGAGGCUCUGAGGAAAAAACAGAAAGUUGAAAAUCUAGAAGAGCCAAGGCCUUGGAUGGUCAUUAAUGAGGACAUUGUGGAGUCGAUUAUAAGUCAUCUUCAUCCGGUGGAUUUCUCACAUUUCCGUGCAGUCUGUAAAGCAUAUAAGGUUCCAAUAAUGAAGCAGAUUUCUGUGGAUAUACGAAGUACUCAUGUAACUCCAUGGUUGUUGUUUUCAACAGAAAAUGGUACUCACUACAAUUUUGUAAACCCAAUGCAUAAUAACGAGAAGUACUUUAUGAAGCUCCCUGAGUUGCUAGCAGGUGCCGUAAUUCGUUGCCAAAAGGGUGGCUGGCUAUUGAUGUCAAAAGCUAGGUGUACCUUAUUCUUCUACAACCCCUUUACAAAAGAGACCAUUCAGAUUCUGGAGUUGGAAAGUGAUUAUGGAUUUUCUGGUAUUUUAUUUUCCUCUUUACCAACUUGCUCCGACUGUGUAGUUUUUGGCAUUACACAAAAUAAUGAAAAAAAAAUUUCCAUUGAGAUUAUCAAAAGGGGGAAUGAUUUUUGGGAAACUGAUGAAUUUGAAAAUCGCGAUUUGGAGAAGUACAUGCCAGCUUUUAACCAACCAGUUUUUCACAAGAGCAAGUUUUACUGUGUUGAUUUCAAGGGAACCUUGGGUGCUUUUGAUGAGGUUAGUUGGAGUUGGACAGUUUUCAAUAGAAUUUGUGGAUUCUCUAAUGCUGCAUAUGUUAGUUUCUUGGUGGAGUGUGAACACGAGCUUUUAUUGGUGCGAAUUCUAGGAAUGUCUGUUAUGAUAUUUCGGUUAGAUAGCUCAAAGAUGGUCUGGCGCAAAAUUAAGAGUUUGGGGAAACAUAUGCUGUUUAUCAAUUUUACAUCAUGCAUCUCAGCAGUCCCCCCUCCAAAUAGUUGCAUGGAGAACAAAGUCUAUUUCCCGAGAUUGCAUGACUAACGGAUUUUAUACUACUCGCUUGAGACGGGUAGAUAUCAUUCAGUUGGAAGUACACUUUCUGCCAAGGAUUAUUUUGACACGAAGAGUUGGACAAACUGUAGUUGGAUUGAACCUAACUGGUCGCGUUCCACAUCUCAAGAGCUUGACUGGCUUAUAGAGAAUCCUCUGUGAACCAGAACUAGUUUCUUCUUUCUAAAUCUAUAUUUUUUAGUUGUUUAUGUUAGUCAAAGUUUAAUUGGAGAUGCAUACUUGCUUUGUAUAUAUUUAUGUGUUUCAGAGGACAUAUACUUAGGUGUCAGAUUACUGCAAUAGACUGAUCUAAUCACUCCUUCUUGAUAUAAUGUCAUGUUCAACUGCGGUUGCUUCUUGACAUUAUCGAUGUUUCUGCGUAAGAUUAUGUGGAUGUAGCUUUUAAAUGUUCAGAUUUUUCCAUGUGCAUAUAUAUGUAUGUACAGGAUUUUGAGAGUUCGGCUUAGGCAUCAAAAUGCAAGGGACGGACGUUCUUCUGCUUAAUCUUUUCACCAGGGAAUUAUGUCGAAGAAAUUUUUGUUGGUUCUGAUACCUGGAUUCUUCAGCUUGAGGUACUUAACUUCUUCACUCAUUAUACUUACAAUUCGAUAGCAGCUUCCUUUUUGUAGUUAAACUUGGGGACAUCUCUGGUGCAUUUUAGAUUUCUUUAAAUAUCUACUCAGUACUGUACUGGUUUAGUGGCUUGGAUGUUUAGUAUCAAAAUAUGCAUUUGUGCAGAUCUUUUUCAGAGGUUGUUCAGGAAAGAUUUUUUAGUUGCUAGCCUAUUCAGAAACUUCUUACUUGCUGACUAGUAGUGACUAAUGCUUCCUGCAAAUUGGUCACCGAUUUCACAUCUUAUAUUCCGUUCAACUCAUCAGGAUCAUAUGUGGGUUGCAUUUGAAGAAUUUUGGUGGUAUAUUGUUGUUCUUUAUCAUUUUUUUGGGCGAAAAUGUUAACCAACAUAUAGGGACGCGUGGGACAUGGCUGCUGAAGUCUGCCUAUUGCUGCUUCCAUCAUUGCUUCAAAAACCUACCUAAUGCAGAGUUCCAGAGCAACUGACGUCUUUUGAGGUGUGGCUUGACCACAGAUCUGAGAACCAGAGCAGUUGCCCACCGUCCUUCAGGUUUUACUCAACCAGUGUCAUCAUUUUCGGGCACUGCGCCGAUUCCUUAGGGACUGGGUUGUUGAUCUGGUGAAGGAUGAAUAUUUAAUUAGGUUUCUAGAUUGGAUAGAUGCAUAUCCAGAGCUGGCAGCUUUUGUUCUGGCUGUUAUUGUGGAUUCUCAUAGAUGUGUGCAGGAAGCCUGUGAUUUUGGUUCAUAUAUGCUUGACAUCAUCAGCCUAUAAAUAAUACACACGAUGCUCAGUCAGAGCCCUUACUUCUUCAAUAGCUUUGUCUCUGCCUGGGGAAACUGUGGGAGAUUUCCCCGGAGCGCGGAAUUAUGGGUUUGGCUGCAGAUGCAUCUUCCGUUCUCGCAACACUACUACUGUCAGAACCCCAGCCCGAGAUGCACCUGUGACAAUAUCAGCUGAAAUUUCUGAAACUAGCUGCAAAUUACUGGCAACACUGUAAAAAGGUUAAUUUCUUCCAUGCACUGCAAAUGAUUGAGCCCCUAUUCGUUCGUUCUGCAGUUUCGUAAAGCAAGGACUUUUUUCAUUUGUCAAUUUUGUUGCUACCCACUUCAACUACCCAUGGAUAUCGAAUACAGAUAAUGGGAUUCUGGAUCCAACUCACCCACAUACUUGUGCGACUAUGGAAACGUUCGGGAAUUGCGUUCUCGAGGCAUGGAGGGUUUCAUCCAGGAUUUGGGUUGUCAGGGUUCAGGAUUUAUGAUUCCUAUUUUCCAAUUGUAUAUCUGGCUUUGUUAUCACACAAUUAGGCUUUCUUCCCACAUUUUCAUGUACUCUUCUGACCAGAGUUUCUCCUUUUCCAGGUGAUUUUGUAAAUAUCCAUAAAUUCCAAGCAGGGUGAUCUUUUCAAUUUU